AACGAUUGUUUUAUAAUUUUGAUAGUUGAUUAGUAUUUAUUAUGCGCUCACUGUGUCUACGAUUGGCAGUUCCUGAGACGUGUACGAGAACCACGCGUUUGGUGGCAUUGAUGUGCAACAUGUGUUCCCGGAAAAUGGCGAUAGACGUGUCUGUUGUGAUGCCUGUGUACAAUGGAGACCAGUGGCUGGCAGAAUCUCUUCAAUCUGUAUGUAACCAGGAGUUCCAGGGUAGUCUGGAGCUGUCAGUCUACAAUGAUGCCAGUACAGAUAAGUCCAUGGAACGUGUCCAGGAAUGGGCUGACAUUCUCAAGAAAAAAGAUGUCCAUGUCACAAUCUCAGAAAAUACAUCUGACUCACCUAGGGGAGUUGGAUUUGCUAAGAACAAGGCAGUACAAGCCAGCUCUGGACGAUUCCUCUGCUUCCUGGAUGCUGAUGAUGUAAUGCAUAAGGAACGGGUAGCACGCCAGUAUCAGGCAGCCCUCAGCCACCCCAAAUGUAUUGUAGGAUCUAAGUUUCAUCGCUUACCUGAGGGGUCCACUGAACGUUACACAAGAUGGGCCAACACUAUAUCUCAGGAACAACUCUAUACACAGAUUUAUACCUCUCAUGGACCAACCGUGCUGAUGCCAACCUGGUUCUGCUCCAGGGAUGUUUACAACAAAGUUGGGGGGUUUGAUGAGGGAGGAAAGGGAGUACCAGAAGAUCUGAUAUUUUUCUAUCGUCACCUUGAGUUGGGCGGUGGUCUGUUUCGUGUUGAUGAGGACCUUGUUAUGUAUAGAUACCACCCACAAGCUACUACCUUCUCAGUCCACACAGAUACAAUCUGGACACACCGUAUGGGAGCCAUUCAAGACCAGGUCAUUAACAAGUGGUCUUCAUUUACUAUCUGGAACGCAGGCAAGCAAGGCCGCAAGUUGUACCGCAGCUUAUCUAAGGAAAAUCAGAAAAAGGUAGCCAUGUUCUGUGAUGUUGAUGAGAAGAAGAUCAAGAAAGGAGUUUACAUCUUUGAGGAAUCAAAGGAGAAGCCAAAGCCCACCGUUCCAAUCAAGCACUUCAGCAAAGCUACCAAACCCUUUCUCAUCUGUGUCAAAAUGGAUAUGACUGAAGGAAAACUAGAGGAGAAUAUAAAAUCUCUUAACCUGAAGGAAGGUGUGGAUUUCUUUCACUUCAACUGAGAAUCUCUCACCCUCAAAAUAGAUGUGGAUUUCUUUCACCUGAAAUGAGAAUUUCUCAGCCUGGAGGGAGAUGUGAAUUCCUUUCACUGGAAAUGAGACUUUCUCAGCCUGGAGGAAGAUGUGAAUUGCUUUCACUAGAAAUGAGACUUUCUCAACCUGGAGGAAGAUGUGAAUUGCUUUCACUGGAAAUGAGACUUUCUCAACCUGGAGGGAGAUGUGAAUUCCUUUCAGUGGAAAUGAGACUUUCUCAACCUGGAGGGAGAUGUGAAUUCCUUUCAGUGGAAAUGAGACUUUCUCAA